AUGGGGGAGGGUAAGAGGACAGGGAGGCAGGCCGCCGCGGCCUACCAACGGGUCCGCCUCUUCUGUGACUCCUUAAUCGCCUACGGGAUUUCUAAGGACCUCAUUGAUCUCCAGAUCGAGAGAAACAAAAUGAGAGAGCAGUAUGAGGCAGAGAACUUUGAACUGAAAAAUAUGAUCCUGACCCUGGAGAACCAUAUUCUGGAGUUGGAGCUCCAUGAUGAGAAGGUCACUGGGGAGCAUGAUGCCCUACAGGAACGCCUGCACACUGUGGAGACCAAUCGCAAGGAGCUGGCUGAUGAGUACAUCAUUCUGAAAAGCAAUUAUAUGGCCCUGGGCAAAGAACAUGAACAGGAGGUUGCUAAGAAUGAAGAGCUGAGCAUAGAGCUGCUAAACCUGGUCAACACCAGGAGCUCCCUUCCUCAGUCAUGGAGUAACAACUCCCCGUCCCAAGCGCUGGCCAAUGAAACCUCGGCCGAGCUGGAAAGGAUGCGGGCUGUGGUCCACCGCCUCUCUGCCCGGAAAGUGAAGCCAGAAGAUAUAGUUGCCUCUGAACACGAACGUCAAAAACUGGAGAGACAUAUGCUUGGAAACCAGGAUCACAUAAAAGCUGAGAUUGAAAAGAUGAAGCAAACGUACGACUCUCAGCAACAGAAGCUGGAACAGAGAGUGGUGGCAAUGGGGAAGGAGCUGCAGCAGUCCAAGAGAGUGAUUCGCAAUACUCAGCACAAACUGGUGGAGCAGUCAGUGGUGCUGCUCACCUCUCAGAGCCAGCUCAAAGAGGUGGAGGUUGAGAAUUCCCAACUGCAACUUCAGCUGAAGGAACUGAAUGAGGAAUAUCGCUGUCGUCUUACUCAGUACAUCAAGGACCUGGCGGAAUAUAUGGACAGUAAAUCAAAUGCUUCUAAGGUGCCUAACAAAGUACCAGCUGACCAUGCUUACAUGAAGCGCUUUGUGGAUGGCAUGCUGAAGGACAUUCGGGCUGCCCAUAAAUCUCGGGAGGAGCAGCUGGCUGGAGCUGUGCGUGGUUACAAGAAGCGCAUGCAGAACCUUGUCAAGAGGCAUGAAAACCUGCUGAUUGCUUAUAGGAUGCAGCGUGAGCAGAUCCAGUCUCAGGGCAGCAGCGAGAUGGACCCAGGCCCUCCUGAGUUCCAUUUCACCAUCACAGAUUCUGAGCUACUGACAAGCACAACCCAGGAGCUAAACCAGCUGCGAGAGGACAAAGCAAAACUAGAGAGACAGCUGCAUGAACUGCAGGAGAAGAAAAGACUGAGUGAAAGCUCUGCGCUAGGACCAUCUCUUCACCACAAGCUGGAUGAGGAGGGCUGGGCAGAGAUCAGGAAGCAGCUCCGGGAGUUCACACAUACCACGCAGGAAGAUCUGGAGAAGGAGAGAAGCCAGCUGCUGACUCAGGCAAUUGUGGCAGAAGAGCAGGUGCUGGAGCUGCAGGAAUAUGUAGAUAAGCAUCUUGCAAGGUACAAGCAGGAGAUCCUGAGGUUAAGGAAACUUAUAGGGAGCGAGGCACCCAGAGCAUUCAGUGCUGGGGCUUCUGAUGCUCACUUAAUGCAGAGAUCCAAAAGGACCAUCAGCCAUGAACUGUAGCUUUUGCCAUGGCCCUGACAAGCAGCAGUCAUUAGUUCAUCAUAGGAAAGACAAGGACGUAAAACUGAGUGGCUGCCUGGCUGUAAUAGUCAGUGCUCUGUCACACCAAGAGAUAAUCCACUCCAGCGAGUGCUCUUCAUACUGGGGCCCUCUUACUAGAGGACUAGGACUUGCUGAGAAGGAAAUCAGCAGUAUACAUUUGACCCUACAGAGGUAAAUAAAUUUACUAAAAUCAGAUCAAAACUCAGUGCUUUGUUCCCCCUUUAUCUUGUUUUGUGAGGUUUCCCUCCCUCCAGCAGACCAUAAAGAUUUCCCUUUCAUUGCAGAAGUGCUCAGUAGCUGCAGAGCACCACUGCUGGUACCUCAGGGUGGUGCAGCACCAGAGUGGGUUGAACCAGCACCCAAACUUAGUCUACUGCAGAGCUGGUGGACUCAGCUUACUAUGCACCUGAAUUAAGAAGUUCCCUUCACCUUCUGCUAGACAGUUGCCCUUACCAUUGUAACAGUUGCAAAGUGCUGUGCUUCACCGGUGCUAACUCCCACCACCUCACCCCUGUCUGAGCUGGAGAGGAGUAGAGGUAGGGUUCAGGUUAGGAUUUGAGCUCAGCUGCUCUUAUGGACAGGGCACUGAGGAGACUUUACAGCUCUGCACUCACGGUGAGUUGUUCCAUGGAGAAGGACCUGCUGGGUGGUGACUAUGUGAGGAGGACCUACAGGGAAUUGAUGAUCAGGGAGAAAGAGAGAGCUGGAGAAGCUGCAUUACUGAGCCUUCCUCCCAGGGAAUUCUGAACACAGUCCAGAAUGGCUCUGUCUACGGUGAGGGGCAGGCAUCACCCCAGCCCUGCCCUGCCAGAAGGAUGAACCGAGUCCUACAGCCCUUUUAUUGUUAGAAAAUGAAUUGCAAAUCUAUUAAGAAGAGAAAUGAGUUAUUUUAAACAAGAAUCAAAGAUUCAGCUCUUGAGUCUUGUGACAGUUCUUUGGGGAUUUCCAGCCCAAGUCCCCAGUUCAAAGGCUGUCCAGGAUUCUGGUUCUAGGGGAGCCAGAGCAUGUGGGGUAAAGUCUGACAAAUCAUCA